UGCAAGGCCUGCUAUAUAUUCCGCUGUUGGUAUCACACUGGCAAUCACUGAAGUCUACACAGCAGAGAACACCAUGAUGUCCACGGGAACGAUUCUAGUGCUGCUGGCACUGUGCGCUGUUGCUCAUUGCCAGCGAUUUGAUGCCCUGAACAAAUAUAUCAUCAACAAAGCCGCUGGCACCUCCAUACCUGUCAGUAACAGCGGCGCACCAGUCAAUGUCUCCAUAACGAUGAACCUCUUACAGCUAACCUCACUGGACCCAAAGUCCGGUGAUGCUGAGAUAGAAGCAUGGAUGACUUUCCAAUGGACAGACACAAGGCUGUCGUGGGACCCUGCAACUUUCAACAAUGUAACAGCCACCCGCCUACAGGUGUCCAAGAUCUGGUACCCGGAUGUCGUGCUCUACAAUGGACACACACGUAUCGUGGAAACCCUGGCUGUGGUGCACAGUGACGGAAGCAUCUUGCAUGUUCCCCCCACCACCAUCAAGACACGUUGUGACGUCAGCAACUACACCACCGGCGGCACCGUCAGCUGCGGACUCAAAUAUGGCUCCUGGACGUACCAUGCCCACCUCCUCAAUCUGGUAUCUUCAUCUACCAGCGUAGACGUGUCAGCAUACACGUCCGGUGGGGUGGACUGGGUUUUGAACGAGCACACGGCGACGAGGGAAGUUAAGCACUACGCAUGUUGUCCUGAGGCCUACAUCGAUGUGAUGUUCGACUUAUCUUUCCAGAUGAAGGGUCAUAAGUACUUCGGAUGGAGCGUGUUUUCCUAACCUCAAGCUACAAGUCUAAUGGAAUGUGACCCAAAAUAAUUUCGUUAUUUAUUUCUUUUUGAAAAUAGUUGGGUUACUUAAGGACAAACACAUUUUAUUGCAUGGAGUUCUGAUAUGAUAGACGAUCUAAUUUCAUCAGUAUUUUUCAAUGCAUGCACUUAAAAGAAUUAUUAUUUUGUGUUAACAUGGUGUCAGUAUGAAGUAAAUAUAUUAAAUAUAUCCUUGAUCGUA